UGAGGUGGGGCCUGACGCCACACUCGCCGUGUAAGCUACUGUUGAGAUUCCGAUGCUAACCGACUUUAGCCUGCUUGCUAACAUGUAAAAUGGCAAAAUCAGCGCUCCCGCGGAUCCGCGGGCUUUAGUAACGUUUCUUCUCCCGCACAGGAUUGUUGGAGGGCUCGUGUGGAUGUUUUCCGCUGCGUGUGUCCCCGUUACAGCAGCCAGGACAUGGCCAGUUAGUUAGCCAGACCCCAGCUAGCCAGUCCGCCCGGAGCAGGCUUCAUCACCGGGGACCGUCGGAGCCGGAUGCUGUGGCUGCCAUGAGUCCCGGAGGCUGCCCGCAUGUCAGCGGCUUCAAAGUGGACAACUGGAAGCAGAACCUGAGGGUGAUAUAUCAGUGCUUCGUGUGGAGCGGCUCAGCCGAGACCAGAAAACGGAAGGCCAAGUCAUGCAUCUGUCACAUGUGUGGCGCUCACCUCAACAGACUCCACUCCUGCCUCUACUGCGUCUUCUUCGCCUGCUUUGCCAAAAAACACAUCCAUGAACACGCCAAGAGCAAAAGACAUAACCUGGCUAUUGACCUGCUGUAUGGAGGAAUUUACUGCUUUAUGUGCCAAGACUACGUUUAUGACAAAGAUAUGGAACAGAUUGCCAAAGAGGAACAACGGAAAGCCUGGAAAAUGCAAGGCAUCGGGGAGAAAUAUUCAACAUGGGAGCCGACCAAGAGAGAGCUGGAGCUGCUCCGCUACAACCCCAAGAGGAGGAGAAUCACCUCCAACUGUACCAUCGGCCUGCGCGGUCUGAUCAACCUGGGGAACACGUGCUUCAUGAACUGCAUUGUGCAGGCGCUGACGCACACGCCGCUGCUGCGUGACUUCUUCCUGUCGGACCGACACAAAUGCGAGAUGCAGAGCAACUCCUGCCUGGUGUGCGAGAUGUCGCAGCUCUUCCAGGAGUUCUACUCAGGCCAUCGGUCGCCCCACGUCCCGUUCCGUCUGCUCCACCUGGUGUGGACUCAUGCCCGUCACCUGGCCGGUUACGAGCAGCAGGAUGCCCACGAGUUCCUCAUCGCAGCGCUGGACGUCCUGCACAGACACUGCAAAGACGACAACGGAAAGAAGGCCAACAACCCGAACCACUGUAACUGCAUCAUUGACCUCUUCACAGGAGGCCUGCAGUCUGAUGCUCACCUGUCAAGUUUUGUCUGUGAUGGCGUUUCAACAACCAUAGACCCGGUUCUGGGACAUCAGCCUGACCUGCCGGGCUCGUCCACCCCAUUCUGGCCCCUCAGUCCUGGAGGAGACGGAUCAGCACUUAACGGCGAGAGCCACAGUGGCGCCACAACACUCACAGACUGUCUGCGCAGGUUCACCAGACCAGAGCACCUUGGCAGCAGUGCAAAAAUCAAGUGUAGUGGUUGCCAUAGUUACCAGGAGUCCACCAAGCAGCUGACCAUGAAGAAGCUGCCCAUCGUGGCGUGCUUUCACCUCAAACGGUUUGAACACUCUGCCAAACUACGGCGGAAGAUCACAACCUACGUCUCGUUUCCUCUGGAGCUGGAUAUGACCCCCUUCAUGGCCUCCAGUAAAGAGAGCAGGAUGAACGGUCAGUACCAACAGACUCUGGACCCCUUCAACAAUGACAACAAGUAUAGUCUGUUUGCAGUGGUGAACCACCAGGGGACGCUAGAGAGCGGCCAUUACACCACCUUUAUCCGCCAGCACAAAGACCAGUGGUUCAAAUGUGAUGACGCAAUUAUCACCAAGGCGAGCAUCAAGGACGUCCUCGACAGUGAAGGGUACCUUUUGUUUUAUCACAAACAGUUCCUGGAGUACGAGUAGGUUCCUCGUGUGUGCACGGGAUCGGUCACAUGACGGAAAGGUAACGGACCGACUGAGAAGCAACGACACAGAAACACAGUCCUACCUGAACUCUGUAAGUGUGAAUGCUUGUCGCAACCAAAAUGCAACAUUGUAAUCUUCAUCCAGCAUUCAUUGUGGAAGAAAGAAGCGACCGCUCUGAAGGAAUAAUGUUCUUGGAUCAACUCCCCAAAUCACUGGAAUUCAUGUGAAUGAGAC